AUGGACAAAUCAAGUGACGAAUCUUCUGACGGCCGCCACUCAGAGGAAAAAAGCUCUCAUGGUGAACAAGAGGACGAUAUUCCAGAUGUGGCCAAUGCAGGACCAGCCCCUUUCAAAUUGGACAAGAAGCACGGAUUUCUGAAGAGUAUUAUCAGAAAUCAGAUUGAUCGGGAUCAAUACGACAAAUAUGUGAAAGCACAACAGGAAAAAAGAAGAAAUUUUAAAAUUUCGACGCCGAAGCCCAAAAGACCAGAAGUUCCUCUGUACGUUCCACCAUGCAGGAAAACAUCUGAAGGCACUGUCAAGACCAAAGUGUUGUUCAAUUUUGAAGUCGAAGACGAAACGGGCAUGAUUCAUAGCAUUCCAAUCAAGCAGGUACUUGUCGCUGGUGCUCUGAUAGAACUUCGUGUGUGA